GGUUUCUGGGACUAAGAUCUCUCGGUGAUGGUUGAGAAAGAGUGGAGUCUUCUCUUUGUUUGUUUUCCUAAUCUCUCCCAUAUUUACUCUCUUUUUUGAUAUAGUGAAAUAACUGUUGAUAUGGCUUUUUUAUUUUCCUCUUAGGAGUUGAAAAACCGACGACCAUCAUUGUGGCUUAUGUAAGUUAACUGAUUAACUAUGUUCAUCUCUCUUUCUUCUUUUACAUGAAUUUUGAGAUUUACCAAGUUAUACUACUAACCCUGCUUCUGAUGAUGUUUUCUCUUUCUAGUUUCAGCUGAUUUGUGCACAGGCUCUUGGAUUGCCAUUAGAGCAGCCAAAGAGUGUAAACAUGGAGAGGUUGCAAAAGGUGAAACUUCGUGGGGCUCUUUAAGCUCCUCUCGAAACCACCAGAGGUUUGCUUUUUAUUAUGAGAUUAUUCUGUUGUUCUUGUUAAGAGUACAAUGUUUUUGUUUCUGUUUAUGUGAUUUAUAUUGACUAUUUUUACAUGUUUGUGCGAGGUCAAAUGGAGAUCAUUUGGAAUGAUUAUUCAUGAAGCGGACUGCAGCGUUUUGGAUUCUCUUAUUUGAAAAGGUAUGGUACGACAGCUUUCAUAUGUUGUUGAUAGUUAUUGUUUGCGAUUGUGUGUUGGGAUGAAUUAGUGUUAGAUUAGGUAAUAGUCAAGUCAGGACAUUGAUGAUUGCUUUUUUGUUUGUUGGAGUUCUUAAAUACGAAUAGUACUUGAUUAGAGAGAUACUUGUCGAGUAGGUUGUUUUAAUGUAAUAAAUUUGUGGUUGUUGUAGUUAAUUUACAACCAUAAAUUUGAAAACCCAAAACCACUUGAGCUCAAUAUAAACCCUCCAUGUUAGCACUAACAUAAACCAUUAACUUUUUCUAUACAAACCCUUUUCUUUUAACAUCAGCUUUCACUAAAACAACCAAUGGAUCCUAGAAGCCUUAUUCGUAAUCCACAUACAUAUUUUGUUGAUCUUAUGAAUUCUCAAAAAGACUCUAACUCCCAAGAUAAUCCAAUUCUUCCAAAUACAUUCUCUUCUCAGCCUGUCCACUUUACCCAAACCCUCUCUUCUCAGCCUGUCAACUUUACCCAAACCCUCUCUUCUCAGCCUGUCAACUGUGGGCCUAGAUUCUCUUCUCAGCCGUUUCAGUUUAGGCCGGCAUCUGAAGAUGAUGAUUGUAUCGAGGUUGAGGUUGAUGAGGAUGAAGAAGACGAAGGAAGGGGAAUAAGAAAGCGGUGGACUGCAGAGGAGGAUGUUAACCUCAUAAGCGCUUGGUUAAACACAAGCAAGGAUCCAGUUGUAAGUAAUGAGCAGCGGCUACAAAGUUUCUGGAAGAGGGUUGCUGCCUACUACAAAGCUAACUAUGGGUCAUCUGUUUCAAAUGCAAGAGGGCCUACACAAUGUAAGGCUAGGUGGAGCAAGAUAAACCAUGGAGUCAAUAAGUUUGUGGGCUGUUACGCACAAGCGAGUUCAAGAAGAAAGAGUGGAGAAUCAGAAGAUGAUGUAUUGAGCAUGGCGUAUGAGCUUUACAAGAACGACAAGGGCAAGCCAUUUCUGCUAGGACAUUGCUGGAGGGAACUGAAGCAUGAUCAGAAAUGGAUCACGGAGGAGUGUAGCCAUAAGCGGACUAAACUCGCUUCAGAUGGAGCAGGAGCAUCCUCACCCGGAGAGUGCAAUGAUGGAGCUGAGAUGAGGCCUCCGGGGGUUAAAGCUUCUAAGAAAAAAGGGAAGAAACCGGCUGUGACUAUUGAUGUAGAGGAUGGUUCUGUUGGUAAGCUAGACAAGAUCAUUGCAAUGAAAGAACAAGAACAAGCGGCUAAAGAGAGACACGGCAAAAUGAGACUGCUAGACAGCCUCCUUAACAAGACUGAACUAACAAGUGCCGAACAACUUCUUAGGGACAAACUCGUUGACCAAAUGUUGACAAACACUUAGGUUUUGCGACAACAAAUUAAGGUGAUACGAGAAGGGAAACAUGUGUUGUCAAAGACAUAGAUGUGUUGUGUUUACACCCGUGGAGGGGUGUUGUUUUUAGUUGUUGUCUUGUUGUCUUGUUGUCACGGGUCUGUGAGUUGUUGUCUUGUUGUCUUGUUGUCACGGGUCUGUGAGUUGUUAACUCUUUUGUAACCCGUGGAGGGGUGUUUUGUAACACGGGUUGUGAGUUGUUGUCUUCUGUUUUGUUUUGGUUGUCUUGUGUCUUGCAAGGACAGUCACAGAUUUGUUUGUGUUGUUUUGUCUUUUGUAAGGGUUGUAUUGCCCACUUGGUACUUUGUGUUUGCUGUUAAGACUAUAUAUUCACUUCUCCUACUCUUUCAUCGUUUUACAUCAA